AUGGAGGAGGACUCAGACCGAGACGAGUCAUCCGGCAUGCUGCUUGACAAGCUGACGGCUGAGGCACCUACACAUCCAGACGCAUUAGUCGCUUCGACUACCAACGAGCCACCAACACCUACGACUAAGGAAGUUGUUGACCCACCAGAACAGAAGGCUACCUUCAAGCCCCUCUCUCUCCGUAGAAGACGUGAUGAGCCAGCCACUCCCCCCCAUGCGGGAGUGCCCAACACGGUGUCACCCAUCAACCCAAUCAAGAAGGCACCCAAGAAGACUCGCGUUCACCCCCCAGCAUCGAUACCAACCCCAUCUUCCCUCCCAACAACAAAAAAUACAUAA